AUGAAAUGUUUUAUAUAUUUUUUGUUUAUGUUUAGUAUCUGUCAUGAAAUAUUAUUUUUAGUUUACGAGGACAAAAAUAAAUACACUGCUUAUUUGGGUUUAGAUUAUGAGAGUUAUAAUUUUAUUAGUUGCAUAUAUAGCAUUGAAAAUUCAAUGUUUUGUUCCGAAUGCUGUAUUCGAUCUAAACUUUUAAACAUUCAAUACAUGCGAAGUGUUUUUACCAAGCACGGUCAUGACUACGUAAAAUUUGAAAUAAUUAAUAAAAAUGAAAUGAUUGAACUUAAAAAUACUUUAAUUGCUUUAACCUCAAUGAAUAAAGGGCAAAAUAUGUUAAAAGAAGAAUUUAUCAGAAAUAGUAAAACCAUUUUAAUUACUAAUUUUAAGGUUAAUUUUCAACGUAGUUAUUCAAUUUGUCAAAAAAUAUUUCAUUCAAGUCAAAAUAAUAUUUUUUCUAGUUCAUCGUGUGAUUUUUUUAUUGAUAGAGAAUCAAAAUUUUAUGACUGUAAGUUGACUAACGAUAUUAAUUUAAAUUUUAAAGGCAAACCAUAUACCAUAGAAGAGUUAAAUAGUUUACAAGAUAAUAAAUCUAUAUUAUAUACGUUCAAUAAUAUAGAUGAAUUUAAUGAAAUGUCUACAGACACGAAAUCAAAAAGUAAAAGAGAAUGUAAAGAAACGGAUAAUACUAAAAAUAUUCAAGAACAUUUUGAGUCUACAUAUUUAAUGAAAUUUUUUUUACUAUUUAUUUCUAUUUUGACAAUAGGAAUAGGUAUGUUUUUGACAUUUUUUAAAUUAUUUUAA